AUGGAGGCGAAAGUGUCAAGCUCAGUAGUUGUCUUCUUCACUAUGAUGCUGAUGAUGAGCUCGUCCUACGCGUACGAUUUCUACGUGGGCGGGAGAGAUGGCUGGGUGACGAACCCCUCAGAGGGCUUCAACCACUGGGCCGAGAGGAAUAGGUUCCAAGUCAACGAUAGGCUCGGUAUCUCUCUCUCUCUCUCUCUCUCUCUCUCUCAUCUCUUUCUCUCUGCAUUUAUAUGCCAUCUAUCUGUGAUAAAAAAACAGUGUUCAAGUACAAGAAGGGGGAGGACUCGGUGCUGGUGGUCAACGAGGAGGACUACAGGGCAUGCAACACAUCGAAUAUCGUCAGGAAGCUGGACGAUGGAGAUUCAGUGUUCCCGUUGGGCCGAUCGGGGGCCUUCUUCUUCGUCAGCGGAGACCCUGGGAGGUGCCAGGCUGGUCAAAGGCUGGUCGUCGUUGUGCUGGCCCUCCGCCGCCGGAGCGGACCGUCGCCGGCCGCUGUGCCGCCCCAGAUGGCGCCGUCAGCGGCGGAAAAGGCCUCGCCGGAGAUGGCGUCUUCGCCGGGACCGGCAGCUUCGGGGUCUGCUUUCGUGGGGGAUUCUUGGAGGAGAUUGGGUGCAUCUCUGGUUCUGUGUGUUGGAGUUCUUAUCCUCUAA